AUGCGAGGAGCAGGAGGAGGUUCACACCGUGACAGGAACAACAGCGAGGGACAAGAUGGAGGAACAAAGACAACAACACCAUUUCCGCUCACUAGGCCCAGAAGCAACACCCAGCGACAACCAGUUACCAACACCACCACCACAACUUCACCCGCACUAGAAGACGGCCAGGAACAAGCGCCCCCAAAACCAGUCAAACCACGCAGAGAAAUACUCAAACUAGACGCCGCGAAAUUAUUGUCCGCUGAAGGACUCCCAAAACUCAUUACAAACUCUCAAAAAUUGAGGUUGAAGAAAGACAAGGGGAAGGAGGCCGCAAAUUUACAGAAACUGAUGACAUACUAUCAGAUUUGGGCACACGGAUUGUUUCCCAAGCUGCAAUUCGAGGCUUUUAUCAAUAAAGCUGAGACUGUAUGCAGAGAGAGGCGGAUGAGGAUCUUUUUAGACGCCGCUCUAGCGGAAGAACGCCGCCUGUUGGCGACCCAAAGAGGCGAUGCGCGAGAAAGUGCCGCAACCGCCGCCGCUGACGAAUUCGACGCUGACUCGGCAACGAGGAAGGUGUUUGGUGGGAUGUUAGACAACGAUGAUGGCGAUGACGAGGAUGAAGUUGACGAGGAUGAAGUUGUUGAUGAUGCGAUUGAGAGUAAUGAUGCGGAUAUGGACGCCUAUGAUAUGCUUGAUGGCGGGGCGGGCGCGGGCGGCUCAUCACCGUCAGAUUUGAAGUUGGGACGGGGGGAAAUCAAGAGCAAGGGUGCGACUUCCACAAGGGGUAUGGCGCCGAGACCGAGUUCACAUGUAAACGACGAAGGACAACAUGAGCAGGCCCUCGAUGAGGAUGAAGAUUUUGACGCAGACGCCGAGGCCGCGUUGGCUAUGCUCGAGAUGGAGGUGGAGAUGGACACAGGACUCCGCUCGCCUACCCGGGCACACCCCAUAUCCGACGCUCCAAGCAAUCCCAGCAUGAGACACGACAGCGAACUGGGUGUCGCCGGCCCCUCGACUGCGUCGCGGAUAGGCAGAACACGCGGACGUGUAGAGGACGAUGGUAGUGUCGGGGAGGGUGGUGCGACUGGCGAGGGAGAGAUUGGGAAGGCGACGAUGAACAGUAGCCGGCCGUCUAAACGAUGGAGGCGGAUGAUUGCGGAUGAAAGUGACGAGGAAGAGGUGGGAAACGGGGUUGCGAAUGGUGAGGGGGAUGACGCGCAAAAGAAGCAGGGGAUUGUAUAG